GAGACAGAGAGAGGGAGAGUGACUGUUGAAGCUGUGGGAUCCUCUUCAGUGCAGGCAUCGGGCUGCAAAAUUAUAUCACUGCAUCCUAAUAUUUAAAGCACUUAUGGUGCCAUUCUAAAAGCAUGAAGGCUAAACGGAAGAUCCCUGCGCUGUGUCUCAGUCUGAGCCUGUGUUUUCUGUGAAGAGCAUCAGAAACCAAGUGAAACCAAGAGAGAGAGCACCACGCAAGCGCGUAAAGAAGAGAUUGGACACCUGAUUUUUUUCUGUGUGUGGGGUGUCUUUAGAGCGCUAUUUCACAUUUUAAGGCAAAACAAUCGGUGUUUUGAAGGCCCUCGCGGUGCCGCGGGGCAGAUACCGUGGAUUAUUAUCAGCAUGGACAAAUGGGGAAAAGAGGACAGAUCACUGCGUUGACUUUUAAGGCAACGCGCAGAGUCUUGAUGCUAUAGCGUUACGCAUUUAUUUUACUGUGAGCGCUUUUUUUUCUCCCCCCUCCUGUUUGAAUCACACUCGCUGCUGCAUCUCAACAUUAUAAAAGUCAAAUAUCUGUGGAUAAGGAACAGAGCAGGGUGUUGUCAGAGAGGGAUGAGAGGAGGAGGGGGCAGUAUGAGGUGUGCUUUUUUUGGAAAAGCCGGAGAAAGACGGACACCGAGAAGGUGUACUGAUGUGCGAAAGCCUGCGACGCGUUACCCUCCUGAGAAAUAAUUGCGAUCAGGGAAGAAAUGGCCUAGUUAAAACAUCAUCGACACGCCGGCAGAGGAUAGAAAAGAAGAAUCGUGUUUAGAUGGACGGGCCAUCAUCAUCGUCAUCAUCAUAAUUCCAGUGCUCACAUCGAGUCUUUUAGGUGUAAUUGGCUUGCUGACUGCAGCUCUGGACCCAUCAGGAGUUCCAAAGAGGAGGACGGAUGAGACCACAGAGUCUACCUGAGAAUGCUACCUGUCCCUCCGCCUCACCAUGUCACCCUAGGAAAACUAUUAAACUGUCCCCGUCCACAAAUCCUCUUUUUUCCUUUAUUUCCCAUAACCCACUGAGUUUGUGAUCCCUCUUUACACCCAGCUGAAGUCCUAGUGAUAUGGCUAAAAGAGCCUUUAUUUUGGACAUGUUGUUUUUUCCUCUCGGUGCUGCCAGCCACCAAGGCUAUGGUGGGAAGCGUCAUUAUACUUCUCAGCAGGUUGCCAAUCACUGUCUGCUGUGGCUCUUGGGACUGGUGCUACACCUUACCCUUUCCUCAUGUCAACGGGUUGACCUUAAACACCCCAUAGUGUCCACAGGCUAUGGAAAGGUGCGUGGUAUCAGGAAGGAGCUCAAUAAUGAGAUCUUGGGCCCUGUGGAACAGUACUUAGGUGUGCCAUAUGCCACCGCACCUAUCGGUGAGCGCCGGUUCCAGCCCCCUGAAGCUCCAGGUUCCUGGCAAGAGAUCCGCAAUGCCACCCAUUUUGCGCCAGUGUGUCCCCAGAAUGUGCACGGGGUUUUACCUGAGAUCAUGCUACCAGUGUGGUUCACAGACAACCUGGAUGCUGCAGCGACCUAUGUUCAGAACCAGAGUGAGGACUGCCUUUACCUCAACAUCUAUGUACCCACUGAAGAUGGUCCGCUCACAAAAAAACAUGAUGAGUCUACAAUGAACAGACCGAGGGAUGAAGAUAUUCGGGAUCGUCGCAAGAAGCCAGUGAUGCUGUUCAUCCAUGGAGGCUCCUACAUGGAGGGCUCAGGGAACAUGUUUGAUGGCAGCGUCCUUGCUGCCUAUGGAAACGUCAUCGUGGUCACCAUGAACUAUCGACUCGGCGUGCUUGGGUUUCUGAGCACAGGGGACCAGUCUGCUAAGGGGAACUAUGGCUUGUUGGACCAGAUCCAGGCCCUGCGCUGGCUCAAUGAAAACAUUGGCCACUUUGGAGGAGACCCAGAGAGAAUCACCAUCUUUGGCUCAGGAGCUGGUGCCGCCUGUGUGAACCUCCUCAUCCUCUCCCACCACUCUGAGGGCCUGUUUCAGAGGGCCAUCGCUCAGAGUGGCUCAGCCAUCUCCAGCUGGGCAGUCAACUACCGACCAAUGAUGUACACCAAGAUCCUGGCAAGGAAGGUCGGCUGCACUCUAGGGGACAUGGCCGAGCUGGUGGACUGCCUAAGGAGGAAGAGUUUCCGGGAGAUAGUGGACCAAGACAUCCAGCCUGCACGCUACCACAUCGCCUUCGGGCCUGUGGUAGAUGGGGACGUGGUGCCCGAUGACCCUGAGAUCCUUAUGCAGCAGGGUGAGUUCCUGAACUACGACAUACUGCUGGGUGUCAACCAGGGAGAGGGCCUCAAAUUUGUGGAUGACAAUGAAGGAGAAGACGGAAUAUCAGCAGCCUCGUUCGACUACACUAUCUCCAACUUUGUGGACAAUCUGUAUGGAUACCCUGAUGGUAAAGACAUCCUGAGGGAGACCAUAAAGUUCAUGUACACAGACUGGGCUGACAGGGACAACAGUGACAUGCGGAGGAAGACCCUGCUGGCUUUGUUCACAGACCAUCAGUGGGUGGCCCCGGCUGUCGCCACUGCCAAACUGCACGCUGAGUUCCAGUCGCCUGUCUAUUUCUAUACCUUCCACCACCACUGUCAGACCGAGGCAAGGCCAGACUGGGCAGAUGCAGCCCAUGGAGAUGAGAUCCCCUAUGUGUUUGGGAUUCCCAUGGUGGGAGCCACUGACCUGUUUCCCUGUAACUUCUCCAAGAAUGAUGUAAUGCUCAGUGCAGUAGUCAUGACAUACUGGACCAACUUUGCCAAGACAGGGGAUCCUAACCUACCAGUUCCUCAGGACACCACGUUCAUCCACACCAAGCCCAACCGCUUUGAGGAGGUCAUCUGGACCAAGUUCAGCUCUAAAGACAAGCAGUAUUUGCAUAUCGGCCUGAAGCCUCGUGUCAGAGACAACUACCGGGCCAACAAGGUGGCCUUCUGGCUGGAGCUGGUGCCACAUCUCCACAGCCUCCACAAGGAAAUCAUUAGCUCCAUCACAACUCUACUGCCGCCCAGAGGCACCAACCGCUGGACCGGCGGCGGCGGCGGUGGUGGCACCCGUUCCACGCGACCUGCAAUCUCCACCUACCCGCCUGAUCCUGAGCCCGAUGGUUCAGAGAGACCCCGCUAUACUCCCUUCCCCGAUCAGACAAGGGACUACUCUACCGAGCUGAGUGUGACAGUAGCUGUGGGCGCCUCGCUUCUUUUCCUCAACGUGCUGGCCUUUGCCGCACUUUACUACAAACGGGAUAAGCGCCAUGAACUCAUGCAGAGACGCCACCGCCGACUGUCCCCGCAGCGCGGCACAACGAUGGGCAUGGGUGUUGGCAUGGGAGUAGUAGGGGCCCCACCGCACAAUGACCUGGCGCUGAGUCAGGAGGAGGAGCUAAUGUCUCUGCAGAUGAAGCAGCAGAGAGUGGAGCUGGAGCACGGCACACCCCUCCCUUCCCGCGGCGUCCACGGCGACCUGGAACCCCUGCGGCCUCCUGUGUGCCCACCCGACUACACGCUGGCCCUGCGGCGGGCACCGGAGGAUGUGCCACUGAUGACAGCCAAUACCAUUACCAUGAUCCCCAGCACCAUCAGCAGCAUGCAGCCCCUCCACCCUUUCAACACUUACCCCCCUGUCCCAGCCCCGUCCACUACACCCGUCCCCAGCCACAGCAACAAUGCCCUGCCACACCAACACUCUACCACCCGUGUAUAGGACCAGGCACAACCUCUGCUACCCGACUCUGGGCUUACAGAGACGCACCACACAAACUGCUCCAUACAAACUCCACCUUCAUCACCCUCUAUUCUUCUUCUUUACUAUAUCUUUGUCUUUUCUCAUUAAGCCCUCAAAUAAAGCUGCAGUUUGGAAGAUUUUAAGCAGUGAAAUGCCUCUAAAAUGUGAUCAUAAAUCAAGGGGGAGUUGAUUAAAAAAGAUCCUUUGCCAAAAGCCUGUCAUCACAGGUACAUACUGCUUUGCCCCGUUAGAGCUCUCUCAGUAUCUCGUGCUUAGGUGAGCCACCAAACGCAGCUUUAAGCUCGUAGCUCUCUUCAGAGAGACAUGGAGCUAAUCACACUCAGUCAGACAUCUUAUGUGUAACUUGGUUGUUUUGCGCAUGUGUUGUUGUGUCAGUGUAAAACUAUGUUUGACAUUGAAUACAUAUAUUCAUUUUCAUUAAUUUAGUGAAAAGAUAACACGGUAGCAGCUUUGAAUGCGGCAGCAUAUGCCCCGACAAGCUGUCUGUCAUAAAGCGGUGAUUUCUUGAAACUUACAAACUGCAGCUUUAAAGGCCCAAUCUGGAAGUGAAAUUUGGCACCCUGUGUUGAGCACGAUGUCCCAACAGCUGUCUCUGUGUUUCUGUAUUGUACUUUUGUUUAGUGUGAAAUGUGUUGACAGCACAGUGGAAGUACAAGGAUGAGCUAUUUGACAUUUAAACAUGAGUUUUUCAGACAUUUUAAAACUUUAUUUCUUCUGUUUGCAAAUUUAUGCGCCUGUUUUCAGUUCUGAUGUGACCUAAAUGCCAUCUAAAGUAAAAUGCUUUUUAAAAAUUCUGUAUACUCACAAACGCUGCUUUCAAAACAUUUCCAGAUUGGGGCUUCGACUGUUGGGCGGUACAGGAAAUAACUGAAUCAUACUCAGUCUGUGGGAUGCAACCUGGAAUCCAGGCUGCCCAUUAGAACUCGCUGCAUCUCCGCCACACAGGCUCUAUGUCCAUCACUUUAUUUGUUUCUCACUCAUUAUCCCUCUGUCUGUACCCUCAUCUCAGCCCAUUUAACUGCUUGUCCCUUUCCGCUGCCUCACACUCUUUCUCUCUCCGCAUCUGCCCUUGUAGCUCUUUUUAUUAAACCAUCGACAUCAUCCAUCUCCAUCUCCACUUCUCUCCUCUUUCUCGCAAUCACUUCUAGACUCUUUUUUUCCUUUUGGAGUCUUUUAUACAAAAACACAAAUGUAAAUGAUGUAUUAUUAAUAAAUUGUAAGGACAUGAAUGAAAAAAAAAGAUAUUCUGAUAUCUCGUUUUUACCAGCAUUCUUGGUGCCAAGUACUGUGAUAAAGCUCCUCUUUCACUGGCGUCCAGUGGAGCGCCUGGAGAGGUCCAUCCUGACUGUAACUUACAAAAGGAAUUACCAUCAUAAAAAGUGCCAACCCCUUCCAUCUUUCUUUUUCUUUUUGAUCCACACACUUUUUUUUGAAUUACACUCAAUGUUGCACUGUGGCUGGUCUCUUCUUCAAAAGGGAAAUCAGAUUCAAUAUAUCCUCGUUUAAAAAAAAAGAAUAUAAAGUUUAUUACUACUUUGCUGUCUGAGAUAUUUGCAUGAUUUUAUUUUUAUUUUUAUAAAGAGUGUGGACCGAGAAGUUUGUUUGCCAUUUUGAUGAUUUGCCUUGUUCUUCAUUGAUUUUUUAUUUUAUUUUGAAAAUCAUUUUCAUUUUCUAUUUUAAUAUCAGCUGCACUUUGUGGUACUUCAAACAGGUAUUAAAGUAUUAAGAGAUGAAUAUUGUGUAAAACUAUGAUUAUAACAAAGAGAGUAAAUAUUUCCUCUUUAUUUUUUUCAUUUGCUAACACUGAGGCUGUGCCGCAAAACUACCAGAAAAACUGAUGAAAGCCUUUUUUCUUUCCUCCCUCUUUUUGCUCUGUUUCUCUUUAUCUUUUGCAACUGUCAACUUUGCAGUCACUGUCUCUCAAUCUCACCUGAAGAUAGCACUUUUUUAAGUUACGGGAGAAAAAAAAAGAAGCAAC